AUGGUCAUUCUCAGCAAGCGCUGUGCUCUGGCUGGGGUGGAGGACAGCAGCCACUCGGUGCGAUCGCCCGCCCGGCCGGCCCCUCUCUCGCCACCCUCAGUUUCCCUCGCCCUCCGCGAGGGCCCGGGUGCCGGGCAGGACGUGCGCCGGCCCGGCCGGCGCCACCGCGGGAGCAGAGGUCCGCUCGGACUUGGCGCGCGGCCAGCCCCGGAGUGGCCUCCACGCGGGCCGCGGACCUCCGGGCGGGCGGAGACGGCGCGUGUCCACGCGAGGGCGCUGCUCACCGCGCUGGCGGCCGGCCCGUACCGCCUGCAGGGGCGGCCGCCGGGCGCCAGGAGGCGCGCGAGGACCGAGGAGCGCGCGGGAGCCGGCCUGCGGGUCCCGGAGCGCGCGUCCUGCCGUUCCGCCCUGGGCCCGACCGUGGGCCUCAUUUUCCCGCCCGGGACACGGAGGCCCGGUGCCGAGGGAGUCGGGACUGAGACCCAGAGCCUGGCUCGGGGCGCUCCCCACCCCCGCGGCCCCCGUGGCAAGGCGGCCCUUCGGGGCCCCUCCGGCGAUCUGGGCCCUCGAAGGCCGCUGUGGUCCGGUCGGCAGUGUCUGGGGAGCAGGGGACCCCAGCAGGGCGGGCACCCCGAGACCUUCGCCCUGCCGGGUCCUCGGGGGGCCCGGAUGUGGUGCGGAGCCCGCGCCCCGGUGUCUGCGGUUCUGCGAGGGGGGACGCCUGCGACCCCUCCUGGCCUCGCUACCAGCGAGGAGCAGCAGCCGGCACCCCCAUCGCGCUUGCGUGCAUCUCGCAGCCCACCCGGGGCGGAUGACACCGGUGCUGUGGGAGAGCCCAGAGGCCCAGGGGCCCCUGGAGUGAGAGGCUGUGGUGGCUUCCUCGGGGGCUUUGGCAGCGGCACCUGGGGCCGGGCUCAGGGCCGGGGCUGAGGCCCCGGAGCUAAGGAGUGGCUCCCUGUCACCAAGCUGGGCCGCCUGGUCAAGGACGUGAAGAUCAGGUCCCUGGAGGAGAUCUGUCUCUUCCUUCUGCCCAUCAAGGAAUCUGAGAUCGUUGACUUUUUCCUGGGGGCAUCUCUCAAGGACGAGGUUUUGAAGAUUAUGCCUGGUCAAAAGCAGACCCGCGCUGGCCAGUGGAUCGGGUUCAAGGCAUUCGCUUCCAUCGGGGAUUACAAGGGACAUGUUGGUUUGGGUGUCACGUGCUCUAAGGAGGUAGCCACUGCCCUCCAUGGGGCCAUAAUUCUGGCCAAGCUCCCCAUCGUGCCUGUGUGGCGAGGCUCCUGGGGGAAUGAGAUCGGCAGGCCCCAUACCGUCCCUUCCCAGGUGACUGGCCGCUGUGGCUCUGUGCUUGUGCGCCUCGUCUGCCCUCGGGACACUGGCGUCAUCUCAGCCCCUGUGCCCAGGAAGCUACUGCUGAUGGCUGGAAUUGAUGCCUGCCAUCCCGCCAGGGGCUGCACCACCACUCUGGGUGACGUUGCCAAGGCCACCUGUGAUGCCGUUUCCAAGACCUACAGGUGUCUCAGCCCUGAUCUCUGGAAAGAGCCGGUACUCAUCAAGUCUCCGUAUCAGGAAUUCACUGGCCAUCUUGUAAAGGCCCAUGGAACCAGAGUCUCUGUGAAGCGGACCCAGGCUACAACUGCAGCCACCAUGUUGUUUUACAUGAGAAAAACAAAGUAA